AGUAGUAUAAUAUUCUUCAAGUGUCUUUGCUCGAACGAUAUCUUCGUACCGACUGGGCACGAUUUCCGUGAUCGUCGAUAAAUUCAUAAGCUGAAAAUCGUAAUCGUAAUCGUAAACGUACAUACAUAACCUCUUCCUUUUUUUGAUGACAAAACGUGGGAACGUCAAAUGAGAUUUCUACUAUGCGAAGACAUGACUUCUGGUACUCUUCAAGCGUGUGUUUACAAAGUUCAGUGUGGGAGGGGGUAAGUGAGACUUGGCGACGAGCAGGAAGGGUGUUCUCGGACACCAAAAGCUGGGGCACCCUGACGAGGAGGUCCUGGAGGAGGAGGUGGGUCAUAGGAGAGAGGAAAGAAAGGAGGUGACCAUCCACCCCACAUGGACGCCACCCCCAAAGGACCCCCCGUACCCCCCACACCGGAUAUCCUGUCACCAUUAUUUAGCCGCAGAAUAUCCGACCUGAACGUAAGGGCACCGUUUUUUGUCCUGCAUCGUCCUCAACGUUCUCGUCGAAUAUCGAGACAUCCGUCACUUGAUGCUUGUCGUACGACGGAAGCGACCGCCUACGCGUCAUCUUUAUCUUACACGUGCCUCAAUUUCUCUCGUCUUUUUCGCCGUAAAUUGGAACAAUUGCCGAAUCUCUAUUUCCACAUCCUCGAUAACAAUAAUCAACCUGUUUAUUUAAAGUUGAAUAUCCCGGCGAAGGACAGACGAGUAUCAAUCCUAAAAUCGAAAAAUCAUUAUCGUUCCUGGGGUCCAUGGGCAAGGACAAUCAUUUCGAGAACGACGGCUUCAGGAACGAGAACCAAUGUAACAGCAUUCGCAACGAUAUUACUCUCGUUAAACAGAGAUAGGAGGUCAUUUUUUACCCUCGUUUUUACACCACGGCGAUCGUGCCAUAAGUUUGAUGCAUUUUUUACAAUACCAGUCGCGAAGCGUCUUCGAGCCGAGAAAGUACUUUUAACAGGCGUUACCUUUCGUGCGAAACAUAUCUACGGACUCCGUCCAAAAGCGCCUAACUCCGAACUGCAGCCUAACAGACCACGCAAACAAUGUCGCGCAGUGCUGCCACGCGUCCUAUGCAAGAAACGGAGAGGAGAAUUCGCGCCAAUAAUCGCGAGUUCAACUCACAGUUUAAUUAUGCGAACAACUACAUCAAGACGUCCAAGUAUUCGGUUCUGACGUUCCUACCGUUAAAUUUGUUCGAGCAAUUUCAGCGGCUCGCUAACUUUUACUUCCUAUGUCUGCUGGUGCUUCAGAUGAUCCCCGCUAUCUCCUCCUUGACCCCCAUCACUACAGCCAUACCCCUUAUAGGGGUGCUCAUGCUCACUGCCGUCAAAGAUGCCUACGAUGAUUUUCAACGGCACAACAGUGACUCGCAAGUGAACAAUCGAAAAUCUCAAACGUUGCGAGGCACUAGUCUCCGAGAGGAGAAAUGGUCGCAAGUGCAAGUAGGUGAUGUAAUUAGAAUGGAAAAUGAUCAAUUCGUUGCAGCCGACGUGCUUCUUUUAUCUACUAGUGAGCCAAAUGGUCUUUGUUAUAUUGAAACCGCAGAAUUAGAUGGGGAAACGAAUUUGAAGUGUCGGCAGUGUUUAGCUGAAACUGCCGAAAUGAUGGAUAAUCACGAAUUGAUUGGUCAAUUUGAUGGAGAAAUUGUUUGCGAAACUCCUAAUAAUUUGUUAAAUAAAUUUGAUGGUACUCUUACGUGGAAAGGACGAAAAUAUCCAUUGGACAACGACAAAAUUAUAUUACGAGGUUGCGUGCUCCGAAACACGCAAUGGUGCUAUGGUGUGGUCAUCUUUGCAGGCAAGGAUACCAAAUUGAUGCAAAACUCAGGGAAGACCAAAUUUAAGAGGACUUCUAUAGAUAGACUGCUGAAUCUUCUCAUCAUCGGGAUAGUGUUCUUUUUACUUUCUAUGUGUUUGUUCUGUAUGAUUGGCUGUGGUAUUUGGGAGAGUCUUGUCGGUCGUUAUUUUCAAGUGUAUCUACCUUGGGACUCGUUGGUGCCUAGCGAGCCUAUGGGAGGUGCUACAGUGAUCGCUCUACUUGUGUUCUUUUCUUAUGCUAUCGUAUUGAACACAGUGGUCCCAAUCAGUUUAUACGUGAGUGUAGAAGUUAUCAGAUUCGUUCAAUCGUUUUUGAUCAACUGGGAUGAAGAGAUGUACCAUGCGCCUACGAACACACACGCUAAAGCAAGGACUACUACAUUAAAUGAAGAGUUGGGACAAAUAGAAUAUAUAUUUUCCGACAAAACCGGAACAUUGACACAGAAUAUCAUGACUUUUAAUAAGUGUUCUGUGGCAGGAAAAUCUUACGGGGAUGUUAUCGACGAAGUUACCGGCGAAGUCGUCGAUUUAAGUGAGACGGACAAAGCUGCCCGAACACCUACGAUGCGAUGGAAAAAUGGACAAGAAUUUGUUCAAGUUUAUACAUCUAUAACUGGUCCAAACGUACGUCUACUGGAACAGGUGGAUAGGAUAUCCAAUAUAAUUGGAGAGCCAGGCACCAAUGGCAGUCCGAUGGUUCCACAUAAACUUUCUACUACACCACCACUGGAUUUCUCAUUCAACAAGGAUUAUGAGCCGGAAUUCAAGUUUUAUGAUUCUGCAUUGCUCGAAGCUGUAAGAAGGAAUAAUGAAGAUGUUCAUAGUUUCUUUCGAUUGUUGGCACUUUGUCAUACUGUUAUGCCGGAAGAAAAAAACGGCAAAUUGGAGUAUCAAGCACAAUCACCAGAUGAGGCAGCCCUUGUAUCCGCAGCUAGAAAUUUUGGUUUCGUAUUCAAAGAAAGGUCUCCAAAUAGUAUAACAAUCGAAGUUAUGGGGAAACGUGAAAUAUAUGAGUUACUUUGCAUUUUGGACUUUAAUAAUGUUAGGAAGAGAAUGUCAGUAAUUUUGAGGAAGGAUGGGCACCUUAGGUUAUAUUGUAAAGGAGCGGAUAACGUUAUUUAUGAACGGUUAAAAAAGGGAAGUGAAGAUAUCAUGACGAAAACAUUGGAUCAUCUUAAUAAAUUCGCGGGUGAAGGUUUAAGGACAUUGUGCCUUUCAGUCAGAGAUUUAGAUGAACAAUUUUUCAAUGACUGGAAGCAACGUCAUCAAGAAGCUGCCAUGAGUCAAGAAAAUAGGGAUGAUAAAUUGGAUGCAAUUUAUGAAGAAAUAGAAAAAGAUAUGACAUUAUUAGGCGCUACUGCUAUUGAAGAUAAAUUGCAAGAUGGUGUACCUCAGACUAUUGCUAAUUUAGCUCUGGCUGGUAUCAAGAUUUGGGUAUUAACUGGUGACAAACAAGAAACAGCUAUCAAUAUUGGCUAUUCCUGCCAAUUGCUGACAGAUGAUCUUACAGAUGUUUUUAUAGUAGAUUCCACUACUUAUGAUGGUGUUGAAAAUCAGUUAUCGCGAUACCUGGAAACCAUUAAAACAACCUCUGGUCAUCAAAAUCGGCCAACUCUCUCCGUUGUCACAUUCAGGUGGGACAAGGAAAGCAGUGAUACUGAAUACAAUCCUAGCAGAGAUGAACAAGAUGAACAUGAAAUGGAACAAGCAACGGGAUUUGCGGUAGUUAUUAAUGGACAUUCCUUAGUUCAUGCAUUACAUCCACAACUCGAGCAACUUUUUCUUGAAGUAUCAAGCCGAUGUAAAGCUGUAAUAUGCUGUCGCGUGACUCCUUUACAGAAAGCAAUGGUAGUCGAAUUGAUAAAGAAAAAUAAAAAUGCUGUAACUUUGGCAAUUGGUGAUGGGGCUAAUGAUGUUUCAAUGAUAAAAACAGCUCAUAUAGGCGUUGGUAUCAGCGGGCAAGAGGGAUUGCAAGCUGUUCUAGCAUCUGAUUAUUCGAUAGGACAAUUUAGAUUUUUGGAAAGAUUACUUCUUGUUCAUGGCAGAUGGUCAUAUUAUAGAAUGAGUAAAUUUCUUAGAUAUUUUUUUUACAAGAAUUUUGCGUUUACAUUAUGCCACAUUUGGUUUGCCUUUUUCUGUGGAUUUAGCGCACAGACGGUAUUUGAUCCUAUGUAUAUUUCUGUGUAUAAUCUCUUUUAUACGUCAUUACCCGUAAUGGCAGUUGGUAUAUUUGAUCAAGAUGUUAAUGAUAAACAUAGUUUAAUGUACCCAAAACUUUAUGCACCCGGAUUACAAAAUUUACUUUUUAAUAAGAAGGAAUUUUGCUGGAGUGCCAUACAUGGGUUUUUUGCUAGUUGUGUAUUAUUUUUAGUUCCAUAUGGAACAUAUAAGGAUGGAGUAUCACCAAAGGGCCAUGUACUUUCUGAUCAUAUGUUACUGGGAAGUGUUGUUGCAACUAUAUUAGUCAUAGUUGUGACUGUCCAAAUAGCCCUUGAUACAUCAUAUUGGACGAUUGUUAAUCAUAUUAUGGUUUGGGGCUCGCUCAUUUGGUAUUUUGUUUUAGAUUAUUUCUAUAACUUUGUCAUAGGUGGUAGUUAUGUUGGCAGUCUUACAAUGGCAAUGUCUGAAGCAACGUUUUGGUUCACGGCAGUCAUUUCGUGUAUCAUAUUAGUAAUACCUGUACUAUCGUGGAGAUUCUUCUUCAUAGAUGUUAGGCCAACAUUGUCUGACAGAGUUAGACUUAAACAAAGGUUGGCACAACUUCGCUCUCGCCAAAGUCAAGACAUACUUCGUACACCGUCUACGAGACGGACACGAAGAUCACUUCGUUCAGGAUACGCUUUCGCACAUCAAGAAGGUUUUGGUAAACUUAUUACAUCUGGCAAAAUUAUGCGAAAAUUACCGAAUGGUGCAGAUUUUAAAUUUGCAAUGCCAUUUACGAACAAUACCAGCAAACAAGUUAGUGUUGCCACUACGUCACCAAAGGACAAUGCAUCAAAAAAUUCGCACACAUUGGAUACUAUUAAUUUAUAAUUUGGACAUUGUAUUGUAAGUCUUUCCACUAUCUAUUAAACUUGAGAUGAAUGAUUUGCAAAAUUG